GGGCGACAUCUGUCUACUGCGUAACGUGUUGUCUGCUCUGUAAUGCCGCAGUGCCUGAACAAAAGUUAACGAAAAGUGCUGUAUUAAAUUUAUAAACAUUAAAUGUGAGUCGCGAGUUAGUGUUGUGUAUACUAUGUAUUACUUAGAUGUUACUCUAGAACUGCCGCAGAAUCGUAAUCGUGAAAUAUCAGCUGUAUUUUUGAAGAAGAAUAUUAUUCAGUCUAUCAGACAAUUGUUUGGCGAAGAAGGAACCAAGUAUACUAUUGAUAUUUUAAAAUAUAAUCCAAAGGAACAUAGAUUUGUUCUGAGGUGCACCGAUGAUUGCUAUGUACGCUUAAGAGCAUCUUUAACUGUAGCUGAAAAAUACGAGGAAGAACCUUGCAUAUAUGUAAUUCAUCGUGCAUCGCAUAAUUUAUUAUCAUUUACUGCUGACAGUAGAAAGUACCAGCAUUAAAAUAUAGAAGCUAGAACAACUUCUAUCGAAAGGAAAUCUAGCGUAUUUUAUUUUUAUCUUCUAAGGAGAAUUUUAUACAUUUUUUGUAUGCUUCAAAUAUG